UUGGUGCAGGAGGAGAGAAUUUGUUCAAAAUGAUUAACGGCUUUUGUAUUUACAAUAAUCAUUCACACACAUCACAUCAGUUACAAUCAGGACUAUGAAUACUGAUGAAGGCAUAGGGAGCCAGUCAGGUCCCUACCUUCUACUACUAUUACUAGUACUAGCCCAGAGGCUAGGCCUCCUCCUAGCCUAGCUAGUAUCUAUAGGCCUAGUCUAGACUAGAGAGAAUGUAGGGAGGAGUAGAUACUUAGAGUGGGUGCAUAUUCGGUGCAACCAGUUGUCACUAUAACAGCUACCUGGUGCAACUAACUCGUCGUACUGACUUUGCUUUCUUUGGCGAACCUGUACCCAAAUUUAGAUUAAUUUCACACAGAUAUGAGCAGCGUGAUAUGUGGUAGCACGAGGUCUUCAAGUGUAGCUGUGGAAGACAGUGAGGCCAGCAGUGCAAGUGAAGUAUUGCAUGAUUGUCAAGUUCAUGGCCACCAACUACUAUACCUUAAUUAUAAAGGAUUAACUAAAUUCCCAGCACAACUCCUACAGGAAAAUGCCUACCAGCACAUCAAAGGGAUCUACCUCAAAAGAAAUUUAUUGCAGACCCUUCCUACAAAUUUAAAGACAUUAACAAACCUAAAAGAAUUGUAUCUGCCAUCAAACAAGAUAAUUGAUCUUCCAGAUGAUAUGAGUGAGUUAACACAAUUAGAAUCACUAGAUCUGAGUAUGAACUCUCUGCAGCAUAUACCCAGCUGUGUAUUUGGUAUUAAGUCUUUGAAGUCUCUCAUAUUGUCGCAGAAUUCUAUUGCCCAUCUCUCGUCAGAAAUUGGAAAAAUGAGAGCUUUGAUGACACUUGUCUUGAAUCAUAAUCUGCUGACUUCAUUGCCUUCUGAAAUACAACAUUGUUCGUCUCUUGAAACUUUAAAUCUUGACAAGAAUUUUCUGAAAGUUCUUCCAAGACAGAUAACCUUGCUUCAUCGUCUAGAAGAACUAUCAGUGACAGGCAACAAACUGGUUUACCUACCAAUGGAUCUUGGAUAUUGCCCAAGCCUACAAAAAGUUUAUGCUGAUAACAACCCGUAUUUAAAAGCCAUUCCCUUUUCUCUCUGGUCCAAGACAGUUGGAACCUACAGUUGCGGAACUGAAACCAUUUGUGAUUCAGGACUUUAUGCAGAGUUCAAAGAGGCCAACAUGUCUGCAUACAUUCCUCAUGAAAUUCAAAGUAUCAGAUCAAAAAACUCGUCACCAGUUUCUACUCUUUUGGAAAUUUCUUACAGAUAUGUUAAUAAACAGCAAGGAAUUUUAAAGAUUGAAAGUCUUCCGAGGAGUGUUAGAGAACAAGCAGUAACUGCAACGGCUCAUUGUGAAUUCCAUGGCUGCAGCAGGCAACUGUUUACAGGUUGCUACCCCCACCUAUUGAAACACCCUAUAACUACACUUCAGCAACCCAACUCAACUACCUUUAUUGGACUAUGCUGUUCUUUGAAGUGCCUUGAUCUUUUCAGCCGGUUUCCGCUUCCCUUGUGACAUACAUUAUGACUGUCUUAUUACAACAAUUAGGAUGCUGUUUGUGGGUUUACAGGGGAAGAUUUAGAGAGGGGCCAUUCCCGCGAUUUUGCUACUGACGUCUUUAAUUUUUUUACAGAAAAAGUACAAAAUGUCAUACAAAUAUUAAAUGUUACAAUAUUUCGUAGCAACAUAUAUUGAACCACAAAUCAUACCAUUAUUGGAUACUUAUUUAACUGUAUAAUUAUAUUACAUCUAGGGCUACAGGUAUAUGAAAUGGUUUCCUCUGAUUCAAACUUUUUGGAUCCAACCCCGGUGUUAGAAAUUCUCAAAAGAAAGUAAAUUCAUGUGUAUACAGUACCCAGGUAAUGGCAAAUCCUGGACUACAAAUAUAUGAAAAGUUUUUAGAAUCUAAAUUUUUUUUCCUUGUUAUUCUAUGCCAAAAUAUUUAGCAGUUGUGACUGCCAGAAUCAUGGGACAAGCACUUUUUCAUGUUGGCACUUUGUGUCAGUAGUUAUAAGUAAAUCUGUGCCGAGCCACUAGGACCCAUAGGGCUGGAGCUCAUCCCCAGUUUCAAGUAGCAUGAAGCGGAUGAGAGUGUGAUGCUCCCCCUGGGUGGGAUGCUGGUCCACUGUAGCGUACGCCAAGCAGUUUGCUGGUACCCAUUGAUACAGGUGGGUAGACUGAAGCAAUGUAGAUGCCUUGCUCAAGGACACAAGCGAAAUGCACAGUGAAGAAUUGAAACUCUGACCACAAGGUUGGAAAACCAAACCAUUUCCACUGAACCAAACCGCCUCCACCAUAAGCAUGACCUGUUGUUAAUGCCAUAGAUUACUACAGUAUACAAUAUACAAUAAUUAUAUUCAGUAUAAUUUUAUUAUAUACAGUGCUUUUUAUGAUUUAAUUUUUUUUUUACCAUAUUUAUAGAGGGUGACCUAUCCAGCUUAUACUGAAGAUCAGCUAAUAUUCAGGGGCCCUUUUAAAACAUGUAAUAAUUUGAUGCUUUAUUAAAAAUUCAUGUGCUGUUAUCAAUGGAUUUGAACCCAGAACCCUAGUGGGAGAGGAAGGCAAGCUGCUCUUGGGCUCAAUCCUAACUUGUCAGGAUUUUCGCAGUGUCUCUAAUAAAUCUAGUUCAGGUCAAGAUCCAGUAGGGGGACAUGGGUGGGGGGGGCACAUUCUCCCGUUUUGGCACUAAAUUUUAAAAUUUCAAUGCAUGUCAAUGUUAUUUGCUACUCGCUAUAUUCUGAAAAUGGUUCCGCCCUUGAUCAAGUUACAGUAUUGAAGGGUCCAUGUUCCCUUUUAUGGGUGAAUCCGCAAGGUUGUGAAAGGUGCAGCUCAAAUAUGUGUGUACAUUUUUGUACAUUUAGUAUUUGUAUGACAUUUCAUUAGUUUAUUAUAAUUAUGAAUAUUUGAUAAAUGUAUAACUAAUGAAGUACUGUGCAAUAAUAAUAAAUAUUUUGUUAUAUGUUUUAA